AUGCUACGCCUCUUACCACAAAGAUUCUUUCGAUUCCAACCUCGGUCCCUCCAUCGCCCCCUAUGUACAACGCCCACCUUGUUAUCCGUCAGAUUCCCACCACGUCCCAAACCUCCUCCAGAUUCCGAGAUUGAAGAAUCCUAUCUCAAAGGUAGCGGACCAGGUGGACAAAAGAUUAAUAAAACAAACUCCGCCGUCCAACUACGACAUACACCUACAGGAAUAGUCGUCAAGUCCCAGGCCACCAGGUCGAGAUCCCAGAAUAGGAAACACGCCAGGGAGCUGCUGGCCCAAAAGGUCGACGAGCUUCGCAACGGCCUCCAGAGCCGCGAGGCCAUCGUUGGCAGGAUCAGGGGCAAGAGGAUCGCCAGCGCUGAUAAGAAGAAGCGUCGCAAGUAUAGGAAAUUGAACGGUGGGCAAGAGCAAGAGCAAGAGCAAGAGCAAGAGCAUGAACAGGAACAGGGAGGACGAGAUCAGCAGCAGCAGCAGCAGCAGCAGCAAGGGAAAAAACCAUCUACAGAAAGUAGGGGAGCAGCAGGCGCUGCACAGACAGGGACAAGCACAAGAGGGUGA